GCGCUACUGUAUAUACUGUGGUAUGGGUUCGCACUUCGUACUCUGAUACGGGCUUUACUCCAUUCCUAAUAUUUUCUCUAUUGUGCGCAGGGCCUUAAGCGUUAAAGAUGCCACUUGUAAAGUUCCAGAUAAUCCUCGAUGCCGAGGAGGAGAUUGCUGACGGACAGCGGUGCAUCGCUGUGCGAGAAGACGAUCUGUCCGUUGCCGGAGGAGCUAAGUGUAAUAACCAAUAAUGUCAGAUGCGAACAAUGCAACCUCAUCUUCGCGAAUGUAUCGCGUUAUAGAUUGCACGAUCUCAAGGUACACCAACGUAAGAAAUUGGAUAAAGUCGCAAAGGAGAACGUACGCUAUCACUGUCCGGUACCGUCUUGUGUUUAUGCCGUCAAUUCUCAGAGAUAUUUCAGCAGCAUGAAAUACCUGAAGCAACAUUAUCUGAAAGUUCACGCGGAAAAGAAUUAUGCGUGCGAUCGCUGUGGUAAAAGUUUCUCCAUUGAAUCUGCCAGGGAAGGACACACAAGGGUCUGCGGCAUAGAGUUUAAAUGUUCCUGCUCAAAGAUUUAUACUACAUAUGAAGCGCUGCUUACACAUGCGAAGCGAUCUUCACAUACUAUAACAGAAAAAUAUAAAAAUUCCUUAAAACAUAGCAACUCCAAGACAAUACAAAUUAUCUUACCAAGCAGAAUUAUAAGCAAACCUGUGGCGAUACUACCCAGUCCAGAUAAAUCUGAGAGAGAUGGCAGAAAUAUUAGUACUACAGGGAAAAGUACAUCCGACAUCAGUAUACAGACAGAUGAUUACAAGAGAAGCAGAAAGUUAUCAAGCCCAUCAAAACUCAAUAAUAAUAACUCGCAUUGUAAUACAAAACGUCGAAUAUCCAAGCAAACACAGACUACUAGCUUGACUAAAGAAAAGAACUUUGGAAAAUCAAUGGAAACGCAAACGACCCAGGAGUCGCAAGCAAACAGAGAGUCGUCAAAGAUGUAUAAUCUUGGAAAGAAAUAUCGUUGCGCAUUAUCGAAACAAUCGGAACACGUGUUGCUCAAAGAGGACCUUAAUCUCGGCGAUAAUUUUGCAUCGGCGAAUUUAUUUAGCCCGCUUUGCCACGAUGUAGGUUUGCAAGAUUUUUGGGAGAAGAAUACAUCAGGCACGCAAACGAUACCAGAAAAGGAUAUGUUCGAGGCAUUUAAUGAUAAUGUAACUCAGACGGAAUUUGAGACACUCUAUCAGCACAGCCAUAAUCCUUUAAUACAGUGUGUACCAAAGAACACUGUGGCUCUGAUGACGUUGCCUUACGUCGAAGAUGCGUCGACAGUUGUCGAAGGGUAUCCUUUCGCUUCGACCGACGGUCGAAUAUCUCGAACAGAUCCUAUGCUAACUGCGAAAACUUUCGAUGAUAGAUUUAGCAGCAUAGAAACGCAAACCGAACAAGCCUUUUCCCCUUCGUAUUUUUAUUCUGAAUCUUUAUCGAGAUCAUUUACCUUAAGUUCGAAUAUCGAGACUCAAACUACGGAUAAUUUGGAUAACAUGGAGCAACUGUUGUACAGUAAUACAUAUACUCAGACUUGCAACGAAAUGCUAUCUUCUGAUUUAGGAUUGUCUAAUAUACAAACUCAGACCGCUUGGUCGCACGACGAUACCACGGUUUCUACCGAGACCCAAACAAAGUCUUUGAUUUGCGAGACUGGUUGUAACAUUCCCAUAGGGGCCUGUAGAUCCUGGCUAAACACACAAAUAAGUCACACUGAGACACAGACUGAUUUACUUAAUAUUUUCGAAGAAUUUCAAUAAGUUAAUUAUAUCAUUUUUAUUGACAUAUUGUUUGUAUUAUUUCUCGCUUCGGCAUUUAAUUCAGUUUUUGUACAAUCUUUACCUAUGCUAUUUCUUUUCUCUGACAUACAUUUUAGAUACAAAUUUGUUUUCAAAUAAUUUUAAUGAUUCAUUAUU